UAAGUUGUUUUUGUUGGUGGGACCCGAAAUCCACAAAAGAGCUUAAUUAUUUGGGAGUUCUUCUCCAUAUGCGCGUGGCGUUGAAUAUACGCUAGAAAAAACCAGACACCUAUAAAUUUCUCUGGUUCUUCUCAAGCUUUUGCAGCACACACAGGCAGUUUGCUUCAGUUUUUUUUUUCCUUGUGAGAUAGUGAAUUCACUACAAGUACCGUUGAUUAAGAAUCGUAGUUUGUCUCUAUAUCAUCGCUUCUGCCCUGAAAAUGCCGGAAGAUUUUUAUACCGAACGCCCUCUUUUUGGUGGCGCGAUCAGUAGCGCUUUCCCCGUUAGGUUUCAGGAUGUGAGCAACAUCCGUCAAGUUCCUGAUCAUCAGGAGGUGUUUGUUGACCCUGCACGAGAUGAGAGCUUGAUAUUCGAGUUGUUGGAUUUUAAGCAUGAUGUUGGAGACGUUGGAAGUGCAGCAUGGUUUCUUCAGGAUCUUGCAACUGAACAGGAUGCUGAAGGGUGCACGAUGAUAGAACAGUCAGGAGUGAUUGAGGCCCCUGGCUUGUGCCACAGGGGUAUACCAGCCGUUGUUACCACUGCAGUUGGCCAGAUGGCAAUUUCUAAGGGACGGCAGGGAAGGGAAGCUCAAAAUAUUGUGAAGGUCUAUCUGGCAAAUCUGCGUCUCAAGGAAGUCGGUACGGAUGUGCUGGUAACUGCAUAUGAACCUAUCUUAAUAAACCCCUUGAGUGAAAGUGCGAGAACAGUGGGUGCUGGUUUAGCUGCUCCAGCUGCACAAUCUGGAUUCUUGCCAAUGGCAGAGGUCUUCAAACUCGCCGUUUCUACCUUCAAAGUCUACGACUGGAGCCUUUUUGGUGCUGCUGCUUGAGAUUUUGUUUUAGGGGCAAACAAGUUCCCUUGCUUGAAGAAAGUAGAAAUAUAGGUACUUCAGCUAUUUUGAUUUUUUAAUGAGCUGGUGUCCUUUACCUGGUUCAUUUCUGGGAAACUUCAUUGGAUAUUAGUGUCUUUUCUCUGUUUUAAGCUCUCGGAGACAAAUUAUGUGACUUUUUCUCUGGUGCAGUAGAAGUAAUUCUCUUGUAUAGGUUGUGGGAAUUGUGAUCCUGCUUAUUUUUGUGUGGUUACUGUUAUUCAAUUUUAGUUUUCUAUUAUUUUCUGGACAACAA